AUGAAAGAACCCACCAAGUGGACCCUGAGGGCCCACUUCCUUGCAGAGGAGGUUGAUCUGCUGGAGAGGCUUUCCUCGCUGGCCCUGAACAGCAGUAACGUCUCUCUGUCUGUUUCUGAGGGGGCUCAGAGGUGCCCCACCCUGCACAUCGGCCAGUACUCCACUCUCACCUUGCCCAUGGAGGAGACAUUUGGACCCAGGUUUCCAGACGAGUUCACCCUGCUGAUGCAGCUGCGCACCUCUCAGCCAGAGGACUGCAGCCUGCUCACCCUGCAGAACCCCUACAGCCACCUCAUGCUGCAGAUCCGCGUCAGCCCCUACACCUUCACCUUCAUCUCCACCCGCCAGCGGCAUUACGAGUUCCCUGUGGGGGUGUUGUCAGACGGGGAGUGGCACAGAGUUUCGGUGGGCGUUUCAGCACACCGGCUGGCCCUGUAUGUGGACUGCCGGUUGGUGGAGAGUGUGAACUGGGAUAGUCCCAGCUUGGACAUCACCACCGACGGGCUGCUGAUGGUUGGAGGCAUUGUGGAGGGAUUUGAGAUGCCAUUUCAGGGGGACCUGAGACAGAUGACCUUUCUGAUGGGCAACCCGGAUGCAGCCACAGACCACUGCACCCUCCAUAUGCCCAUGUGUAAUGGGAUGCCAGUGCCCCCGAAAGCCCCUCGCUCCCCUGGGACAUCCCCAACCAUGGAGGACCUUCUAUCCUCAAACGACUUGGAGAACCUCAUGGAAAGCUCCACUGAUAUGGACGUACCACUAAUUGACUCCUUUCCUGGUGUGGGCCACCUUGGGCAGGAGGACAUGAUCGUGGUAGAGGAAGCCAUCCCAGUUCUCCGAAUCGGCCACUAUGGCAGCCUACCCGCCAUCCACACCCGGCCGGCUGGGAUCCAUGACGACAAGCCUAACUCUGGGACCAAGGCCCUGGAUGAAAACUUCACCACAGAGAAAAGAGCGGAUGGGAGCCUGCAUACAGCCCAACGCAAUUUUCCUGGAAAGCCCUCUGACAACAUCAUUGACUUGGACUCCGCCUCUUCCCUUACUCUGAAGAAAUCCUCCAUUGGCUUCUCAGGUGGAAAAAUCCCAGCAGAGAUGCCCCAUGACCCCCAUGACCUCGCCUUACUGGCUGAACAGGGCCUGCUGCCUUCCAUAGAGUCCUCCACCACCUCAGUGUCCCACCGGGAUGUUCAACAGGGGCUGAGCACCAGUGCUGUGCACACAGAACAUGGUCAAGGUUGGUCCAAAGAUGUGAAAGCAGCCAGAGGCAGCCAUGCGAGUAACAGUGUGGCCCAGGAAGGAGACGUGAUCCCAGGGCUUGACGGCAGGCUGUACCGCCUGAAAAAAGGUCCGCCUGGAGCAAUGGGACGCCCAGGAAAGAGAGGCUGUGCUGGUAGAAGAGGAUAUGCUGGUUUUAAGGGCAACAAGGGAGUGAUGGGACCAGAGGGGCGCGAGGGGCGUAAAGGCGAGCAGGGAUUGCCAGGUCCACCGGGACUGCCUGCCCUAUACCUCUGGAGGAACACAGAGGAGGACUGGGAAGCUUUCAGACAAUCCUCCUACUUCCAGCUGUUGUGGGUAGGCUGGCCUAGGGAACAGGGUCUUCCUGGAUUCAUGGGGGAGAUGGGAAAGCCAGGCCGACCAGGGAUACCUGGAGAUCCUGGAGAGAGAGGACUCCCAGGGUACAGGGGGGACAUGGGCUAUCCUGGGCCUAAGGGGAUGCCUGGCAAGCCAGGGCACAAGGGAAGGGAUGGACACAAUGGUGCAGAUGGACAGCCAGGCCCAUCAGGAAGACCUGGGAUGCAUGGUCCACGAGGGUACAACGGGGAGCCAGCGCCCCGAGGGGAGAAAGGAGAUGAGGGCUCCACCGGAGAACCAGGGCUCUCAGGCCCCAUCGGCCCCUCUGGGCCACCAGGUAUCCGAGGGGUCCAAGGCCUGCCGGGGCUUCCAGGGGGGCAGGGGGAAGAUGGCCCCAGUGGAGAACCUGGACCAACAGGGCCAUUGGGAGCUGCAGGUUUAACAGGCCAGGUCGGAGUUCAGGGGGUGAAUGGCUCGGAGGGAGAUGUAGGACCAGCUGGUCCAGCAGGUCGAAGAGGCCCCCAGGGGCCUCAAGGGCUUGUGGGUGCAAGGGGGUCUCCAGGGCCACCGGGGCCUCAGGGACCCCAAGGGAAGGACGGCGCACCGGGCUGUAAAGGCGACACUGGUACCAUGGGGGUGAUGGGGGUCAAGGGAGAGCAAGGCUUUGAAGGGUCAAAGGGUAUCGUGGGAGGUCCUGGUCUGCCCGGGAUCCCAGGUAGCAGAGUAAGAUCUGUACUCUUCUCUUUUCCCUGCUAUGUGUUGAGUUUCGACUGAUUGUUGUAUCAGAGGGCCUGG